UUACUAAAUUUCUUCUCUACAAAUACCCAUUACUUCUCUUUACAUCCUUAUCUCAAGCUUUCAAUUAAGCAUUAUCUUCCUGAAAAAUUCUGUGUGAAUAAUGGGAACCAAUUUUUCCAUCAAUGAUAAUGAGGAUGUACUGAUUGAGAUAUUGAAGAGGCUCGAUGGCCGUUCAUUAGGAGUAGGUGCCUGUGUAUGCAAGCUCUGGUGCGGUAUCGCUCGAAACGAUUCACUCUGGGAGCACCUCUGCUUCCGCCACGUGUCGCCGCCGCCGGAAGGUGUGAGGACGGUGGUUUUGGCGCUCGGAGGGUACCGGCGGCUUUACAUGGUAUGCGUGAGGCCAGUGUUGAAUCGAUUGCGAAAAUGGAGACCAAUCGGAAUGGAAUCUGAUUCGGAGAUUGUGAGGCGAGUUUAUUGGACUCGUCAUGAAGUGGAGUUGUCGUUAUCGCUGUUUUGUGUGGAUUAUUAUGAGAGAGUGUUAUUGAGCAGCGGCGGUAGUGGUGGUGGUAGCGGCGGCGGCGGAGACGCUGCGGCGGCGCCGUGUGUAUCAUCGCUUAUGUUCCUUUGCAAGGCUGUGAAUGUUUGAAUUGAAUUUCAAAUUAAAUUUGGAGAAAGAAGCCUCAUUAUUCUUUUAUCUUAAUUACCUACUUUUUUUUGUUUGGUAAAAUUUAAAUUUCUACGGUUUGGUGAUAUUUAUUAAAUAAAAUCUGACUAUUAUUCCAA